CACUGGGGGUUGGAUGUACUUGAACCCGCUCGGUUUUGUCAUGGAGAGCUUACAAACGCGCGCGGUUGUAAGCGUUUGCACUUCGAUCGUUCUCGCGCUUGCCUGGUUGCCACAUCCGGACCACGCCGCGGGAACCGGACGAGGGGGAAUGUUUGGAGAUGUCAACAUAUCUGCGAUAUUGGACUCACUUAGUGUAAGCUAUGACAAGCGAGUAAGACCUAACUAUGGAGGACCUCCAGUGGACGUGGGUGUCACCAUGUACGUGCUGUCGAUCAGCUCGUUAUCUGAAGUGAAAAUGGACUUUACAUUGGAUUUCUACUUUAGACAGUUCUGGACAGAUCCAAGACUUGCAUAUAACAAAAGGCCUGGCGUAGAAACACUGUCAGUGGGCUCCGAGUUUAUACGCAAUAUAUGGGUCCCUGAUACAUUCUUCGUAAAUGAGAAGCAAUCAUAUUUUCAUAUAGCGACGACAAGCAACGAGUUUAUACGGAUACACCAUUCAGGAUCUAUCACCCGUAGUAUAAGAUUAACUAUCACUGCAUCGUGCCCAAUGGACUUGCAGUAUUUCCCCAUGGACCGACAACUAUGCAACAUCGAAAUUGAAAGCUUUGGCUACACCAUGCGGGACAUCCGAUAUAAGUGGAACGAGGGGCCCAACUCUGUGGGAGUGUCGAGCGAAGUGUCGCUCCCGCAGUUCAAGGUGCUCGGCCAUCGGCAGCGGGCCAUGGAGAUAUCUCUCACGACAGGAAACUAUUCGCGACUGGCCUGCGAAAUACAGUUCGUCCGUUCCAUGGGCUACUAUCUCAUUCAGAUCUACAUCCCGUCGGGACUGAUUGUCAUCAUAUCCUGGGUGUCCUUCUGGCUGAACCGGAACGCGACGCCUGCCAGAGUGUCGCUCGGUGUGACCACCGUGUUGACCAUGACUACGCUGAUGUCAUCGACAAAUGCCGCUCUACCGAAAAUCUCGUACGUCAAGUCAAUAGAUGUCUAUCUGGGCACCUGCUUCGUCAUGGUCUUCGCUAGUCUCUUAGAGUACGCGACCGUGGGCUAUAUGGCGAAAAGGAUCCAGAUGCGGAAACAGCGGUUCACAGCUGUUCAGAAAAUUGCAGCCGAGAAGAAGAUUACCAUAGACGGCGUACCCCCACCAGCAGUACCCGAGCCCCAAGCGACUCCUCGAACAGUCACACUGUCCAGGCCACCGCCGCCUAGCCGAUCAUCGUCUUACAAUCCCCACACGCAGGAAGUGAGAUUCAAGGUGCACGAGCAGAAAGUGUAUGCGAGAGGCGGCCCGCUGGACAACGGGCGAAGCGGACCUUCGGUGUCGAUGCAGUCCCUUUCACAUUCAGCUCACCCCGCGCACCCGGUGCUCCCCCCGCACUCCACUCACGCUACCCUUCCCCCCCAUACCCUCCCGGCCCACGCUGCCCAUACACUACCGCCGCAUAUGACCGUCCCGGCACACACGGGGGUCCCGGCCCAACCGCCAGCCCCGGCCAUUCCAGCCCCGCCGACCGAAGGCGAAGAAGCCUUGGCACCCCAUCUAAUCCAAGCGUCGAAGGGCAUCAACAAAAUUCUGGGCACCACUCCAUCCGACAUCGAUAAGUAUUCGCGUAUAGUAUUCCCGGUUUGCUUCGUUUGCUUCAAUCUCAUGUACUGGAUCAUAUAUUUGCACGUAUCAGACGUAGUCGCUGAUGACCUGGUACUACUAGGCGAGGAAAAUUAGGAACCAAGUACUAUUUCACUGAGUGACGACGACAGAAAUACCAAUGUACCAUCGAACCGGCAUUAUGAAAAUGGCAAUGUGCUUUUCAUAGAUGUACAUACUAAAUCUUGCUAUUGGCAAACCCUAAAAAAAGAUAUUAGGGGACAAAAAAUCAUAAAAAAAUAUUUAAGUAAUAAUCUCGUAAUGUCACUGAUAUUUAUGAUGAAUAAUUUAUACAGUUCGACGUCAUCCAAACACAUACACACAACUUUUUUACAUGGAGAAAUGUAACGGUAAAAUACCUCAAGUUACGAGUACUUGACUUCAUCUAUAAAUUCCUAUUGCGACGCAGUAAUAGGAAAUCAUUUUAUUGUAAUUUCACAUCAUUCUUCAUCAUUCUUGUCUGUAAUGAUAUUAAAGCAAAGACUUAACUAGCGUAACUCGUUACUUAUGUUAUACUUCUAAGUAUACUGUAGAAGACUAUUAAAGUAUUAGACACUUAGGUAGUUUACUGAAUACCUUAGCAUAGGAAAAUGUAAAUCUUGUAUAUUAUUUUACCCCAUAAGGGUAUGUCUACUACGUUUUUAUUAAUUUCUAUCUGCUCAAAGAAUCUGUAAAUUUAUACUAAAAUUAAGGUCCAUAAUACAACAAUUCGUACAUUUCAUUGAAUAAAAUUAAGGUCGAUUAAGAAGUCCUUUAUACAUAAUGAUAGAGAUUAAAUAACAAAAUUACUAACGAACAAAAUAAUAUAAAGAGUAGAUAUAAGUUUUCCAUCGGUUGUACAUUAUCCUAAGAUUAUUUAUUAACAAGCAAUAACAUAAAACAAAAAUUUAAAGCAAAAAUAAUAUAUUUAAUUCGGUCCUAUGACAAACGACUAAACUUUACUUUGCUUAUAAUAUUUGUGUUUAACAAUUUUAUCACCACAUUUACAAAAUUUAAAAAAAGAAAUCGUAGAUUAAAAAAAACACGACACAAUCCAUGCGGCAAAACAUACUUAGUUGAAAAGGUGAUUCUAAAUAGCAGUUAGCUUUUACAAAACUUUAUGAGCGGCUCACAGGUCGAUACAUGCAUGAAGUAAUUUAUUGGUCCAUAAAAAAAUUGCGAUAUGAUUUCGUAGACCUACUCGUAUGACGGCACGGGUUCUGACAAAAACAAAACAAAAAUUAUGUCUGUUAUUAAAUUGGUAUGUAAAACAUGCCAAAGUUAAGAAGGUGGAUUUUAGACUUUCCAUGUAUAUCAAUUAAUACGGAAUAUCAUAGCUACAUUAAUUUAGAUUCACGUAGGUUCAGACAAUCAAAAUGUUUAUUGUAACUUUUGAGUUAUUAGUAAUAACGGAUGUCCAUGUUCAUAAUUUAAAUUCGUAAUACAUCAAAUCAAACGAUUUAUUAUAUUUUUUUAUUGGAGAAACUAUCUAAUACUAGCUGACUCCCCGCGGUUUCACUCGCGUAGUUCCCGUGGGAAUACGGAGAUACAAUAAUGAGGCAUUCUAAAAUCGGUUGAUAAAAUCCAGAGAUCCCCUUCAAUACCACAAAUUUUAUAUUGAAUAUAUAUUAUAUAUAUCCUCUAUAGAAUAUUAGUAUAGACUAGCCCUCGAUUUCGUCCGCCCUAAGACCUCUAUAAUCCAGCCCUACAACGAUACAGUAGCUGUAUCGUUGUAAAAACGGAGUAACUUCUCCCGUUUUCCCAACAUUUCUCUUAACUGCUCUGCUCCUAUUGACCGUAUCGUGAUGAGAAGUAUACUAUAACCUGCCCAGGAGUAUGAAGAAUAAUUGUACAAAGUUUCGUUAAAAUCCGUCGAGUAGUUUUUGUUUCUAUAACGAACAUACAGACAGACAGACAAAAUUCUACUGAAUAUAUUUCAUGUUAUCAAGUGACCUCUCUACAGAUUUAUUAUAAGUAUAGAUUUUAAAACUUUUUAGCCCGAUCUAGGAAUUGAACACAAGUCCCAAUAUGACACUUAGCUAAAUAACAUCAAUAAAAUAAUGAGGUAGUUGUAUUUGGUUGUAUAACAAUACAAUCAUAAUAAUAAUCCAAAAAAUUAGGAUUGAUAAUAAGACAAUGAAAUAUUACCAACGUAAGUAAUACCUAAUUUCAUUUAAUUGGGUAACAGAGAAGCAAGCGCUUACAGUUUCAUUUGAUUAUAAAGUCCUCAAUGUUACAAUAAAUAGUAAAUUUGUAUUUGAUUUCUUUUCUUUCAAAAAAAUGUAUUUAGUUACAUUUUCACUAAAACAGCGGACAUGCAUGAAUAUCUCGAAAUGUCGCAGUCAAGGAAGAAAUAACAAAAAACGCAAUAAAACACAAAAGCAGACUACUAGAGCACACAAACAGUCUUGCCAAAUUGUUAAUAACGCCUGAGAAGACGAAAAGGCUAAAGCGAUCCACCGUGGAAGAGUUGUGUGGUGGACCAACCAAUGUAUAACCAUAACACGAAGAGACGCUUAAUGUAGAGACCUCCAACCUAAAAAGCAUCCUCUUCUAUCAAAAAAUCGUUUUAUAGUCGACUGACUGAUCACUGAUGGACCUAACUAAACAAAAAAAAAAAGUUACAUUUUCGAAUUAAAAUAAAAUUUAUUUUUCGUAAAAUGAAUUAUUAUAAAAAGAGAAAUUGUAUCUAUUUGUAGUUUACUAUUUAAUUUUAAUUAUUAUUUACAAAGCCUCCAAUUUUAAAUACAAGGCAAAUUAUUUAAUAAAAAAGUUUUUUACAUUGUUAAUACUUUAAUCCUUAAAAAGUCCAACACAGAUUCGGGGAUAAUGUUACGGAAGGUAUGUUCUACUUCUCUCAGGAGAUAAACUUAUAUCACCGACAUAAAUGUGUUCAAAAAUUUUAGUAUAUACUUUUACACACAUGCGUACGUCUGUAACGUUACCCGAGCAGAAGUCUUUUGGUUAAAAAAAAUUACUUUGAAUAUUUUGUUAAUGAUGAAGACUUGCGCUUCACUACAAUCAUGCUUAUUGGAAAGCAAUGAUGAGCUUUAGAUUGGAGCGCGGUUGGCUAAAAUAUUAUUAAGAAGAAUACAUACAACAUAUUAUACGAAUUGUCAUACUUGGUAUCGAAAUAGACGAAAUGUAUACUGACGAACAAUUUAUUAUUUUACUUUAAAGUAUAAUUUUGUUUUUUCUUUAUGUUAUACACAUACAUACACCUACAUAUAGUAGACGCCGCGCGGUUUCACCCGCUUGGUUCCCGUUCCCGUAGGAGUAUGGGGAUAAAAUAUAGCCUAUAGCUUUCCUCAAUAAAUGGGCUAUCUAACACUGAAAUAUUUUUUCAGAUCAAACCAAUAGUUCCUGAGAUUAGCACGUUCAAACAAACCAAUCAAACUCUUCAGCUUAUAAUAUUAGUAUAGAUGUUGUAUAUUAUAUACUAUGCACAAAAAUUAAGGGAGCAGAAAAAAAAUCCAAAUUUUUGGGGGAUUUUCAACAGGCUGUAACUUAUACAAAAAUGGUCGUACAGCAAAAAAAUAAAAAGCAAAUUGUAGCUCUAAGUGUUUAGUUUUUGGAUCUGAGUUUGAAAAUUUUUUUUUGAAAAUAUUUUUCGAGUAAUCAUAAGAAAACCACCGAAAAAAAAAUUUUCGAAAUUUUUUUGGUUUUUUUUUUAAUCUACGGACGUGGAAAAAAUUUUUUCGACUCAACCUCCAUAUGGACCGGAUAGCUUGUUUAUUCAGAUUUAAUUUCAUUUUUUUUAAAUCUCGAUACGAGCAUUUCUUGCUGAGAUAUCGAUGUUUGAAUGGAAAAAGAUCAUUUUGUCUUUAAUUACCAAUAUCUCAGCAACCAAUGAUUGCACAGAAAUUUUGAGGUUGGUUUCAAAAACUUGAAUAAACCUUCUACAAGGAUUGGCAAUUGAAUUUUGAAAAAAAAAUUUUUUUUCAAUCAUUACAUGAAUUUGAAUAAGCAUCCAAAAAAGGGCUUUUUGUCGUUUUUUGGAAAAUCAAGCGCCCAAUCAAAAAUAUUGCGGAAACCACUGACGUUAAGUGUGCCUUUUACUGUUCAAUAUACCCAUAAAAACCCUACAAAGUUUCAAUUCAAUCCAGCCAACCGUUUUUUUUUCCCACUUGAUCGAAUUUUUGAAAAAAUUAAAGGAGCAAGAAUUUCGUUCUGAAAAUGUCAUAAUUUACGCUUUUGUGCUUGCGCACGUGUAUGUGUGUGUUCCACAGUAUUUUGUGACUCCAACCUCACUCUCCGAAGAUGUAUGUGUGUGUGUGUGUGUGUGUGUGGAAGUGACGAACCACAGGGUCUCAAUCUCUGAUAAAACCACACACAUACACGUGCGCAAGCACAAAAGCGUAAAUUAUGACAUUUUCAGAACGAAAUUCUUGCUCCUUUAAUUUUUUCAAAAAUUCGAUCAAGUGGGAAAAAAAAACGGUUGGCUGGAUUGAAUUGAAACUUUGUAGGGUUUUUGUGGGUAUAUUGAACAGUAAAAGGCACACUUAACGUCAGUGGUUUCCGCAAUAUUUUUGAUUGGGCGCUUGAUUUUCCAAAAAACGACAAAAAGCCCUUUUUUGGAUGCUUUUUCAAAUUCAUGUAAUGAUUGAAAAAAAUUUUUUUUUUCAAAAUUCAAUUGCCAAUCCUUGUAGAAGGUUUAUUCAAGUUUUUGAAACCAACCUCAAAAUUUCUGUGCGAUCAUUGGUUGCUGAGAUAUUGGUAAUCAAAGACAAAAUGAUCUUUUUCCAUUCAAACAUCGAUAUCUCAGCGAGAAAUGCUCGUAUCGAGAUUUAAAAAAAAUGAAAUUAAAUCUGAAUAAACAAGCUAUCCGGUCCAUAUGGAGGUUGAGUCGAAAAAAUUUUUUCCACGUCCGUAGAUUAAAAA